AUGGCGACCCGCAACGCCAGAACUCGCAAAUCUACUCAGCGCAAGCCUUACGAGGUGAAGAAGCCAAAGGAGUCCCGCGACCCCAGUGCAUCUGCUCCAAUUCCGGCGUGCCCCGUGCCUUCAGAUCAGAGACCCUUGAGAUACUGGCAAACGUUGAUAGCUAAGAAACUCAAUCCUACCAUUGAUCCCCGGGACGACUUCGAUAUUGUAUUCGCGGCCACCAAACCGUGGGCUGGAACCGAGUCCGAGUUUCGUGCCAUGGUGGACGAGGAGCGAAUAGAGGAUGCGCUGAGUUAUUGUCCUGACGACAUCGAAGCUGGGCGGGAGAAGUCAGAGCGCCUCAUGCGUGCAAGCUACGAUGCACUAUCUUGUCCUCCAAUCGGACAUAAACCGGGAUUCUUCACGCCAAAUGAGCUAGGCGAACCUGAGGAGGACGUUCGACUUCAAUCUAUACCCGAUAGUCAAUACUCUAUUCGACUCCAUGGCACCGGCUUAUCGAGCCAUAAGGCUUUCACACUGGACAUAAUAUACACGUCAACCGGUCAAGCCGUGAACUCUGUUACUGCUGGCAUAGAGUUAUGGGGCUCGGUGAAUCCUGACAACCCCCAUGCUCUUGUCUUCAAGGAGAAGUUGCGUCCCUUGGAAUUGAUCUUUGGUAUCAAGGACCGGGACAUAAAUCCCGGUCAGGAGAACUUCAUGGUCACGGAAGGAUCUGCGUGCGUGCUGAAGAGAUCUGGGAAACGGGAUGUCUACUUCACGAUUCCUGAGCGAACGCCUCGAAUGGAGGCACACGAGCGGGGCAUGGAGCCUUUGCGCUACGCGUGA